CUGAGCUUCUGUUCUCUUCUCUUCUGUAUAUAAUUUUUUCGUUAGAUUGAGAGAACAAGAACGAGAUUGAGAGAUAAACAAGGCUAUGGAGCCAGAAUCUGGGAUUUCCACUGCUCACCGCUCGACUUCUACUACUAUAGGCCAACAAUUUUCAUGGCCGAGGAUGUCGAGGAAUUUGUUACUAGCUUAUCAGAGCUUUGGUGUAGUUUACGGGGACUUGGGUACUUCACCUCUUUAUGUUUACUCAAGCACAUUUUCUGGGAAGUUACAUAAACAUAUUAGCCAAGAUGCAAUCUUUGGUGCUUUUUCAUUGAUCUUUUGGACUCUUACUCUUAUCCCUUUGCUUAAGUAUGUCUUUUUCUUACUCAGUGCUGAUGAUAAUGGUGAAGGUGGGACCUUUGCUCUUUACUCACUGCUUUGCCGCCAUGCUAAGUUUAGUUUGUUUCCCAACCAGCAAGUAGCUGAUGAAGAGCUCACUGCCUAUAAAUAUGGUCCAUCUUCUCAGCAUGCUAGUUCCUCUCCCUUGAAGAGAUUUUUGGAGAAGCAUAAAAGGUUAAGGACUGCCCUUUUAGUUGUUGUGCUGUUUGGAGCUUGCAUGGUCAUUGGUGAUGGUGUCCUUACUCCUGCUAUCUCAGUUCUAUCUUCCGUUUUGGGGCUUGAAGUUACAGAAAAGAAAUUAACUAGUGGUGAACUUCUCUCGAUUACUUGUUGCAUCUUGGUCGGUCUGUUUGCUCUGCAGCUGCAAAGAACGCCCUAG